GGGCCGGCGGAGGCAGGAGGAAGAAGGGCCAUGCCUGGGUCCCCCCGCGCCUGCCGGCUCCGCGACCUGCUGCUGACGGCGUUCGGCACGGGUGCCUUCGUGCUGGACCUGGGCGCCGACGUAUGGGCCGCGGGCCAGUACGCGCGGCAGGGCUGCCUGCUGUGGGCCGCGCUGCAGCUGGCCGCGCUGGGCCUCGCCUCGACCACCCAGCAGCUCUUCAGCUGGACCUGGUACCGCGGAGACCCCGCCGACCUGCACCCGAGCCCGCACCCGGGCCGCCUCCUGGCGCUGCUGCACCUCCUGCACCUGGGCUACCUGCAUAGGUGUGUACAGGCCCUGAAAGUGGGAUUUGCCCUGUGGAGGCAGGAGGAGCCAGCAGAGUUUGACCUCGACUAUGCCAACUUCAUUUCCAUGGAUAUCAGUAUGCUGCGGCUCUUUGAGACCUUCCUGGAGGCUACCCCCCAGCUCAUCCUGGUACUUCAUAUCACCCUGUGUACGAGCAGAGUGGAAUACUAUCAGUGGCUAGGCAUCGGCACCUCCUUCAUCUGCAUGGCGUGGGCCUUGCUGGAUUAUCACCGGGCCCUGCGGAGCUGCCUGCCCACCAAGCCGGCCCUGGGCUACUUCUCUUCCACUGUCUACUUCCUCUGGAACCUGCUGCUGCUGUGUCCGCGCAUCGUGGCGCUGGCCCUCUUCACCACUGUCUUCCCCAGGUACAUCGCCAUCCACUUCCUGCUCCUCUGGGUGGUCCUGCUCCUCUGGGUGUGGCUGCAGAACACAGACUUCAUGCCAGGCCCCGCGUCUGAGUGGCUGUACCGCGGCACGGUGGCUGUCAUUCUCUACUUCUCCUGGUUCAAUGUGUCAGAGGGGAGGACUCAGAGCCGCAGCAUCAUCUACUUCAGCUUCCUUGCGAUGGACAGUGCCCUCCUGGGCGGCACGUGGCUGGCACACAAUAUCCCGCUGCCCAGCCCCUCGCUGUUGCUGUGGCUGCUGCCUGGGGCUGCGCUCUGCUUCCUGCUGGGCCUGGGGGUGAGGGGCGCCUACUACCAGUGGCUGCACCCCAGCCGCCAAGCGGAAGCCUUGGACGAGGGGGAUGGCAGCCGGGGCUUUGCUCUCCAGGACGGGCACCUCAACAGGCGGAUGGCUGUCCUCGCCCAGAGCUUCUUCCCUAUAGCUGCCCCUGCCAAGAGUGAGGAGGUGAAUGGUGUCCUCUGAGCUAGGACCGGGACCAAGCCACGCCAGGUGGCCUUCCUCAGCCUGGCCUCCGAGUCUCAGGUUCACAGGGGCUCUUGCUUCUACCUGGGAGAUGGGAGAAGUGUCAGAAACUAUGCUAUCGGUACUUUGGGACUAGGGAAGUGGGGGAGGAUGCGGUGGUGGGCUCUCAUCGCUGCUGCCGCCCCCCUCCCUCCCCAACACACACAGGAGCCGGCAGUGCCUUAGUGGCCUGUUACUGGUCAUCCCAGCAGGGUUGGGUGGGGACAGGGAUGCCGGCCUGCUUGGGCAGUGCUCAUGGCUGGCUGGGCCUCACACCUGCUGGAGCCAGGAAGGGCAAACUGCCAGUGCCAUUCAAAGUGCCUCAUGAGCCUCAUAUCAGGACCAACACAUGCCUCAUUCCCUGGAGGCUUUUUUUGUUGUCAAGAAGGAAACACUUUUUCUUUCUAUCAUUUCUUUGUACCUCCCAUCUCGACUGGAGGGAAGAGGUGCUGCUUAAGUUGGGAAGGAGUUUGAUUCGUUUUGCACAGUGUUAUGUGAAGUUUAUUAAAACCUUUGAAACCUG